GACGAGGGCAUCAGUUGCCGUCGGCGACACCGCUUUGCCUGAAGCUGUUCCGACAAUGUCCGACGCCGGAGGCAGCGUUAUUGGCGGCGUUACAUCGCUCCCUUCUUCCCCCUCGCCGCGCGAGCCGGCGUCCGAUCCCGCGGGCGAGGGGGAGAGCGAGCCGUCGGUUAAUCGCACGGAUGCUGGCGUCGCCGAGUCGCCCCACGGAAGCCAUUCAGCGGAAGAUGCUGAUGAGAUGCGGUCGGAUGUGAAAGAAGGCGACCCGUCGAGCAACGAUGGCAACAAGACGAGAGUCGAUCCACCUCGAGAUGGCGCUGUCGAGUCUCGGCCUUUGGCAGGAGGUGAGGUGGUAGGGGUCGAGAAGGAAGGAGAAGGUGAGAAGGUAGGGAAGGUGAGAAGGACAAGACACUGGCGGCGGCGGUGACAGUGACAGCACGGCGGCGUGGUUCGAAGCAAGCGGAUCUAUUAUCAGAACCUGUUCAAGAAGAGGUGUUGCAAGGACCAGUUCAGGGGGAAAUCUUGGCGGCACCAAUGCAAGCAGAGGUAUUGACAGAACAAGCUGAGCAGGCAGACGCCUUGCCGGCUCCACCUCCAGACGAUGGGUUGCUAGAAUCUAUUCCAGAAGGCAUGUUAUCAGUGAAAGAAAAGAAGUGUUUGCCAGACCUAGUUAAGGGAAGAUGUGAUGCCAGAACCAGUGCAAGAAGAUGUAUUGCCAGAGCCAAUAAACGCAAAUGUAUUGCCAGAACGAGUGCAUGAAGGUGAAUUGCCAGAAAAGGUUCAGGAAGACAUAAUGCCAGAAAAAGUUCAGGAUGAGAUACUGGCAGAACCAGCUCAAGUGGGACAUGCCAGAACCAGAUGAGGUGUUGCCAGUACCCAGUGAAGGUGUUGCCAGAAACAGCUAAGGUGUUGCCAGAACCAGUGAACGUGUUGGCAGACCCAGUGCAGGCAUUGCCAGAAACAGGGAAGGCAUUGCCAGAAACAGUUGAGGUGUUGCCAGUACCAGCUAAGGUGUUGCCAGAACCAGUGAACGUGUUGCCAGACUUAGUGCAGGCAUUGCCAGAACCAGUGAACGUGUUGGCAGACCCAGUGCAGGCAUUGCCAGAAACAAUUGAGGUGUUGCCAGUACCAGCUAAGGUGAUGUCAGAACCAGUGAAUGCAUUGCCAGAACCAGUGAAUGUGUUGCCAGAAACAGUUGAGGUGUUGCCAGUACCAGUCAAAGCAUUGCCAGAAGCAGUGAAGGCAUUGCCAGAACCAGUGAAGGCAUUGCCAGAAGCAGUGAAGGUAUUGCCAGAACCAGUCAAGGCAUUGCCAGAAGCAGUGAAGGCAUUGCCAGAACCAGUGAAGGCAUUGCUAGAACCAGUUGAUGCAUUGCCAGAACCAGUAAAGGCAUUGCCAGAACCAGUUGAGGCAUUGCCAGAACCAGUGAAGGCAUUGCCAGAGCCAGUUGAGGUGUUGGUUGAGCCAGCUGAGGUGUUGACAGAAGCCGUGGGAGGGGACAGGAGUGCGGAAGCUGAACACCUAGAUCACCCUGCGCCGCCGCAGCCCGAUCACGCGGGGGCGCCACCGCAGCCCGACCAU